AUGCAACAUCAGUAUCAGAACAGCGAAUGAUUCACUCAAACUACGCAACAGCUUCCCUCCAGCAGUGAUGGCUUGGCUGUUUGCGGCUUCGGCGCCGCCACUUAGCACGGAUGAUCUCGUCGAACUAUUGUCAGCAGUCGUCCCUACAUUUGCCGCCGUGGCCAUCUUGGCAUGCGUUGAGCUCUCUGAACCUUCCGACAAAGAAAAGUCAGACUUUUACCGAGACUUCAAUAUCAAGGCCGUUCAGUUGUCCGUGACGCUGAAUGAUUUCAAUCCCGGUCCGUCAUGCAAGACGACUCAUCUUAACUGCGCACUCUUAACGGCGCUCGAUGUGCUUGAGAAUGCUUUCACGUCUUGGAAAGGUGAUGCAGCAGAGUUAUGUAUUUUUCUUGGUCUUGAGAGGAAGACGGGCGAAUUGUAUCCGAAGUUGAACGCUUUACGAAAGAUUCUCCCUGAUGACGGCUCACUUGCUACGAAUGAUACGUUGUCCUCCCUCGGCCGUAUUAUUCGCCUUUAUUCAAAAAGCUUAAAUAAGCGUGGAAAGAUGCUGAUGGCGUUUGAUGAUGCAUUUUCAGCUCUGCAAAAGAUUCCCCCUGGUGCUCAGCUCAAGUCCGACUGCCCGGUACAGUUGCGCAACUAUCCCGUUCAUAACGCCCACAAGUCGUCAAGGACACUGUUUGUGGUGCUGGAGAGGAGCUGGCGAUGCAAAUGCAAUAGUCAGCUUCAUAUUAGUCGACCUAUGAAGCUUAAUCUCACAGAGUACCAGCGUUUCGAAAUCGCGGCGCAAGCAGGAUGCACCCCUUCGAAGAGCAAGACCCAGUUCCGUAUCCUAUUCCCAACCAGCUUGGGGGCCUUGCAUUGGCAGCACACCGACAUUGCUCUCGAGAACAAAAAGUGAGUAUCUUUACUACGUUAGACGUGUUACAUGUAAGGUCUAACCUUGGUAGCCUUGAAUGUGCUGCACGCGAAGUAAAGGAUAACCUUUGCCGCAUCAUCGAUGAAGCCAAGGCCAGCAUCGUUCCCAAAAUGGCUGUUUUCAACGAGAAGUUGUGGCAAGUCCAAUAUGAAAGAGGUGGCCAAGCCUUGAAUAAAGUACCAAAUGGCGAAUUUGAGUCGUUGGAGCAACUCCUCCGGCCUGCUCCUGGUAACGGCCCUUCACAAAUAUCAUCAAUCGAUAUGAAGGAACGCAUUAUUCUUUGCUUUACACUUGUUACAUCAUUCUUUCAUAUUUUCAGCAUGAAUAAUGAAUGGCUUCAAGCAAGCAUAACGAGCUCGCAUAUUUGUUUCCGGACAUCUACCCGAUACCUCAAUAUUAUAAAACCAUAUUUAAAUAUCGCUUUUCGCGAAGAGCAAACAAAACCGACAGCAAGGAGACCAGAGGAGAUUCAUUGGUUUCCUAGCAUUCUUACUCUCGGCAUCAUGUUACUGGAAAUUUCUCGCGGCAGCAAAAUAGAAUUUGUUCCGGGAGAGGAUGAUUGCGUCACAGCUCUGGCUGUGUACGAGAAGUGGAAGGAUGUCGCAGGCAAACUGUGUUCCAGCACAAUACCAGAGGGCUUAUUCAAUACUAUACUCUCUUGCAUUGAUCCCAAUGAGCUUCGAAAAGGCAGCCUUGAUAGACCAAAUAUUGGGGAUAUGGAGAUUCGCAAGUAUAUCUUUGAAAGAAUUCUCUAUCCACUGGGCGACGCCAUUUCGAGCAUAUAUAAAGUGCCGCUACACAAGCUGCAUGACGAGAAGGCUCAAGGCGAAGGGACUGAGGCGAUAGAUGAACAGCAAAUUGACAGUGAUAAACAGCUAGCUGGCAAACAAUGGCGGCGUCAUCUCGAGUCACUUCAUGAUAUCUUUUAUCAUCACCAUGUCAAGGGCUUGCUUAAAACGAAGCUGGCUGAUGUCGCUAUUAAAAUUGCCGUCUUGGACACUGGUUUCCAGCUUGAUGAAGCUUUGCAAGAAAAUUAUAAAGCAGAAGGUCGAAUAGUCGCCGCUCAAUGCAAGUCCUUUUGCAGCCAGGACCACGACAACAGAGACUGGGACGUUGAUAUAGAUGGCCACGGCACAUAUGUCGGACAAAUUGUACUCGAUGUUGCUCCGACCUCUGAAUUAUAUGUGGCAAAAGUCUUUCAAAGCCGGAAAGACCUCCAGAGCCAACAAUGGGCCGUGGAGGUGCAACAAAACAUAGCCAAUGCGAUAAAACACGCUACAGAGAUUUGGAACGUCGACAUGAUCAUUAUGAGUUUUGGCUUCGAAGGCAAAAUCGGCAUUAUCAAUAAAGCCAUGACCAACGCUCGCAAACUAGACAAGCCGCCGCUCUUCUUCGCCGCCACUCGUAACGACGGUGCAAACAAGCGAAUAGCAUGGCCAGCAUCGGACCAUCACGCAUUUGGAGUCAGCUCAACUGACGGCAAUGGCGCUCCAUCGCCGUACAAUCCUGACGAAGAUGGCGCCGCGCCAAUCCUGUAUGCCUUUGGCGAAGGCGUCACAGUGAAUCGACCGGCAGGAAACCCGAAGCUUACUGUCACGCACAUCUCAGGGACGUCAUUUGCGGCUCCGACAGCUGCUGCGCUGGCGGCGAAUCUGAUCAGCUUUGUGCGGCUUGCUUUGCUUGCAUCCUCGGACGAGGAUAGGGUGAUAUACGCCGAAGUGCCGGAGCAGUUGGAGGAAAUCGGAGGUUUGUUGCGAGUGAUGCAGAGGUGUAUGAUGAAGAAGCACUCUAGUGGAAAGAUGAGCUUGCUGCCGUGGGACUUUUUGAAUAAGGCGAGAGUGGAUGGCAAUGCGAUUUUGAAGGACGUGUCUGAUACGCUUAAUGGCGCGUAGGCUGCGUCUUCGUAUCUUUACCACGCCUUCAGCCUUCCAGUAAGGCGCAUCUAAACGUCAUUUGAGCGCACUGCUUCGAUACCUCUUCAGGGCCCCAAUGGUCACAAAUGCAACACAGCAAAACCAAAUGGCUUACAUUUCAGCGACUAUAGGUCAGCAGACUAUAUACAAAACCGCGAUAUCAAAGCAGCAUAUUUAUUUGCCUUUUCGCAGUGUAUCCCAUGCAGACUUCAUUCUUUUUAUCUGCCCCGUUGUAAACUCUGUCAUGCAAGGUCUGUAAUGUAAAAGGAUAAUUGAUUAGUAUUAUAUUUUCGGCAUAUUUAAAUGGAGACGCAUACUGUGUUAUGUACGCCAUGAAAUUCUGAAUAUUGUCCUUGCCUGGCAUAUUGGGGCAUGUGUCUAGAGUAUUGUUAGG